AUGGCAUCCCUCAUCGACGCAGCACGAAGUACAAUCUCACAGAAUUUAGGCGGUGUCAUAGCCCAGAAGCUCGCACCCGCACACACGCAAUUCACCUUGGAAGAUGUCCCUGAUCAGACCGGCCGAGUGGCAUUGAUCACGGGCGGAGAUCAGGGCAUCGGAUACGGCGUGACGCAUACUUUGCUGUCGAAAAAUAUCGCCAAAGUGAUUGUGUUGUCGUUUGCGGCUGAGGCGGAUCAUGCACGAGCUGCGAUCAAGGAAGAAUUGGGCGAGGAUAAGGCUUCGAGGAUGAUUUUCUUGAAGGGGGAUUUGGGAGAGUGGAAGCAGUUGGCGGGGUUGGCGGAGCAGAUUCAAAAGGAAACGGAUCGGUUGGAUGUGUUGGUGGGAAAUGCCGGUCGGGGGAUUAUGACUGCUCAGUUGACGGAUUUGGGGGUGGAUAGACAUAUGGCAGUCAAUCAUUUUGGACAUGUCAUCUUGACAUCGCAUCUACUCCCCCUCCUCAAAUCCACCGCCACAGCAGGCCACCAAGUCCACAUUUCCUUCCAAGCCUCCAACGCACACGAACUCACCCCCAAAGACACGUCUUCCUUUUCCAGCCUCGCAGAAAUCAACACCGACGCCGGCCCCAAUGGCCAAUAUGGACGAUCCAAACUCGCCACGAUCCUCUACGCCCGCUAUCUCGCGAGACAUGUCACUCCUCAAGUCCCCCAGAUUCUGAUUAAUGCCACGCAUCCGGGAGUGGUGAAUACGGAUAUGUCACAGAAUGAUAUUCAUGAACCCUACCCCCUCCUCGGCUACGGCAUGUCCGUCCUCGCCGCCCCAUUCAAAAAGACACAAUUCGAAGGCGCCUUGUCGACUCUCUACGCCGUGACAAAAACUUCCGAAUCCGGAGAAUAUAUUUGUCCACCGGCGGCCGUGGAGCCCGGUUCGGAAUUGUCGAGAAAUGAAGCCUUAGGAGAGCAGUUGAUGAAAUUGACGCAUGACGUGAUUCGGGAGAAGAUGGGAGAGGAUAUGAAAUUUUAUUGA